AUGGCAGGCGAUGCACCAAGCCUCGAAGACCAGACUGCCGCAGCCGCGACCGUCGCAUCGGAAUCGCAGACAGGGAAAUCAGGGAAGAGAGACGCUUUCGCCGAGCUCCUCGCCCCUAAACCCAAGCAAGCAAAGCACGGUCCAUUUAAAGACCCAUCGAACAAGAGAGCUAUCGGUGGCCCGCGAGACGCUCUCGGCGCCUAUAUCGCAAGUCCGGAAUCCUUUCCUUCCAGUAUCGUGGUAUAUCACAAUGAUGACUUCGUCGCGAUUCACGAUCUCUUCCCUAAAUCAACGCUUCAUCUACUUCUCCUCCCUCGUGAUGCUUCGAAAACUCGCCUUCAUCCCUUCGAGGCCCUCGAUGACCUAGAGUUCCUAGGUAAAGUGAAGGAAGAAACAAAGAAACUUCGCUCUUUAGCGGCAGCAGAGCUCAGACGAAGAUAUGGGAAAGAUUCCGCUCAAGAUAAGAAGAGGCAAGAGGCGCUUAAUGCAGAUGAUCCUCCAGAUACUCUUCCACCAGGAAGAAAUUGGGAACAAGAGAUCAUGUGCGGAAUCCAUGCGCAUCCGUCUAUGAACCAUCUACAUGUCCAUGUUAUCUCGGUGGACAGGUACAGCGAUCGGCUGAAACACAAAAAGCAUUAUAAUAGUUUUUCCACGCCAUUUUUCGUUCCUAUUGAUGACUUCCCUCUGGCACAAGACGAUGUCAGGAGGCAUCCCACGCGAGAAGGGUAUCUACGGCGAGAUUACAUAUGCUGGCGCUGUGGGAAGGAUUUUGGAAACAAAUUUUCCGAGUUGAAGGUACAUUUAGAAAAGGAGUUCGAUGAUUGGAAACGCCUGUAA